AUGCUCUUUUUCUUUAGACAAUUGAGACAUAUUUUUACUCAAUCGCAUUCAAUUUCUCAACAAAUCCGAUUAUCACGUUGUGCAUUUUUCCAAUUAUUAGGUUAUUUAGGAAGUUGUGUUGUCAUUUCGUUAGCGGCUCAAUCAAAGUACCUAGAAUAA